UAUACAGAUAAAUGACUUAUUAUGAUAAAAUAAAUAUAAAAGCUACUUGUUGUUGCAGUUUGUCAUUACUGCAGUAUAAGGUGUUGUUAUAAGUGGCAACACAUAUUAUAGGUUCAAUUCUACAUAUAGUUCAUAUACUACAAAAUGGAUAUUGGAAGUAAUGAGUAUGAUGAGAAAUUGCUGUUGCCCUUAACUUAUAUAUCAGGGGUUCCUGGAAAAAAUAUUAGAUCAAAGUUGGCCAGAGCCUUCAACCACUGGUUUAAUAUAUCUGAGGAUAUUUUGGAGGAUAUAGAGGAAAUUAUCCAGACACUGCACAAUGCAAGUUUAGUAUUAGAUGAUAUUGAAGACAAUUCAAUCCUACGAAGAGGAGUGCCUGUGGCUCACAAAAUCUAUGGUGUUCCCAGUUCUAUUAAUGCAGCAAAUUAUGCCAUAUUUUUGGCUUUGGAGAAGUGUUCCAAGUUGAACCAUCCAGAUGCCACUAAAGUAUUCAUAGAGCAAUUGUUGGAGUUGCACCGGGGUCAGGGUAUGGAAAUUUAUUGGAGAGAUAAUUUCAAGUGUCCAACAGAGGAAGAGUAUUGUGAAAUGACCAAAAAAAAAACUGGUGGGUUGUUUAUGUUAGCAAUAAGGUUGAUGCAGCUUUUUAGCUCAAAUAAGAGAGAUGUUUCCAAAUUAACAGGAAUUUUAGGUUUAUAUUUUCAAAUUCGCGAUGAUUAUAUAAAUUUAUGUUCGAAGGAUUAUCAUAUGAACAAGAGUUACUGUGAGGAUUUGACGGAGGGCAAAUUUAGUUUUCCUAUCAUUCACGCUAUACACAAGGAGCAAGGUGAUAGCCGCGUUAUGCAUAUACUUAGGCAGCGCACUACUGACAAUGAGGUGAAGAAGUAUUGCGUAACGAUUUUGGAGAAUUGCGGCAGCUUCGAGUACACUAAAAAAAAACUGGCCGAUCUGGAUGGUGAAGCACGAGAGGAGGUCAAGUCUUUGGGUGAUAAUCCUUACAUGGAAGCUUUCCUAACCAACGUCUUUAAAACGGAUUAAUGGUUCUCUUCAAACAUCACAUAUUUUUUAUUCCACUUGGUUAUUAUUUAAAUCUAGUCUAAUAUGCGUAUAUCAAUUGGUGGGAUUUUGUUAUAGUUUGCAUUCCAGUUGUAAAAAUAUAGAUAUAUAUGCUGCUUUUAUACAUAAAUAAUAAACCAACAAUAUUAAUUACAUUUCUUUUUCACACUCAUUAUUUUCAUUUUUAUAAAUGUUGAUGAUCAACAUUACCAUUAUCUUUGAUUUGAAAAGAAGAAUUGCGCAGAAUAAUUUGGAUAGACUUCGGACAGGGUCGCAUUAAAACGCCAGUUAAAUAAAUACUGAUAAGGGUUGAGGGAGUUUUAACUACUGAACCAAAAAAUACAAUGUUUUAAUUGCUGGUCGUCCUCAUUACCCCAAAGUAUCUGCUUCUACCUCAUUUGGGAUAAAUUUCGACGGUUCCCCGGUCCUUGAGUUAAUGGGAUUGUAUAAUUAAAUAGUUAAGGACUAUAGACUUAUUUGUUUACUGAUUGCCUUCUUCCCAAUCUUAUGCAAGUGCAGUUCGAUAACUAUCACAUUAAUUGAUAUUUCUUUAUGAAAAAUACUAACGUCAUCUUUCAUUACUCGAAAC